AUGUCGUUCAACGCGCCUCACACACUUUUCUUCGAGACAAACACAGUCAAGCAUAAAGAGCGCAGGCGCAUCUUGAGCCCGCUAUUCUCUCGUGCUGAAAUCCUCAAGCUGGAGCCCCUCAUCCUGGAAAAAUUGUCUCUGUUAGAUCGCAAGAUCGAGAAGUUGUGUCAAAAAAAGGAGAUCAAUGUUUACGAUGCUAUGAGGCUGUUGACAACAGAAAUCAUCAUGCAAUUCGCCUUCUCGCAGCCGGCCGGAGUGAUUGACGAACACGAGGAUGAUUUCAAUUCCGAGUUUACCGACACCGUGUCCACUGCCAGCCACUCCGUGUACCUCAUGUAUGAGAAACCAUGGAUUAGGCACUUUGGAAGCGUCGUGCCCACCCGCGUUCUGUGUGUUCUCCAGCCUGCACUCGGCAACAUCAUGAAAUUGCUCGGGUUCGCUCUCGGGGCUUUGCGAUGCUGGCAGGAAGACCAGGGUAACCGCAAAGAGUCGUCGCAUCCUAUCGUAUUUGACCGUCUUCAUUCUUUGACCGAUACAGAAAAGAUAAGCGAGGGCGCCGACCUUCUUGCGGCUGGCUCUGAUACAACUGCUGCAACAGUCGCCACCGCCGUUAUGCAGAUUCUCUUAAACCCGGAAAUAGAGAGAAAGCUAGUAAACAGCCUGAAUGCCGCCAUUUCUUCGGCUGAUAAUCUAUCCCGACUCCUCGACCUGGAGAAGAUUGAAUAUCUGGUGUGUAGGCCUAGCUGA